AUGACUUUAUUGGCAAAGGUGUUCAACAACGGAUCAGAUCGCCACCUGCUGCAGCUGCUGCCGCUGCCGCUGUCCAAUUCGCAUUCGCGAAAGUUGACACCCACAUCCUCGCGCAAAUCUUCGUCAGCAUUAUCACCAAUGAAUUCAACUGCGUCGUCAUCAUCUUCAACAACUUCAACGAGAGCAAAUGCAAGUCGUUCUACAAAGUUACAGACCCUGUCAAAUUCCACGCCUGCAUAUACUUUAUCGAUAGCACUUGAAUCUCCACCUAUAAUAUUAUACGGUAGUCCUUCAGAGUCCACUGGUUCAAUAAUAUCCGGUUUAUUAAGGCUAAUAACAACAAAAGAGAUAGAAUUGGAACGGGUUACACUCACACUAAAGCAAAGCAUGAGAUACACGAAACCUUUUGUGAUACCAAACUCUUCCACAAUAGCAAACUGUGUUGAUUGUACCCACAAGACAGAAGAGUUGGCUCGUUGGGACGUUUUGACAUCGCGUUUCAAGUUCGUACCAGGUAACCAUGCAUAUCCAUUUUCCCAUUUAUUACCAGGAUCCCUUCCUCCAACGUCAAAGUUGGGGUCAUCAAGCUCACGCUCAUAUAUCAAGUAUGACUUGAUUGUUGAAGUCAUCGCUACUGAUGCACUGCAAAACAAAAAGCUUAUAUUACCAAUAAACAUAUCACGUCUGACUUUAAGAGGACCAGACCGCAAUUCUUUACGAGUCUUUCCACCUACAGAAGUUACUGCAAAUGCUGUGCUCCCAAAUGUUGUAUACCCCAAGUCAACUUUCCCUGUGGAGCUCAAGUUGGAUAACUUGGUUAGUGCAUCACAAAAUAGGAGGUGGAGAAUGAGAAAAUUGGCAUGGAGGAUAGAAGAAAACAUCAAGGUUAAAGCUCACGUUUGCGAAAAACAUGAAGGUAAGCUUGAAUCGCUUGAAAAACUGUACAAAAAAUCACCACUAAAGAUUGAAAAGCCUGCAGGUUUGCAUCACAGCACCGUGCAAACUAAUGUUGCUUUUAUCAAUAGUCCAUCAACGCAACUUGCAAAUGGGCCAGUGUUGUUGGAAGAUGGAAUACCCGACAGUGUUCCUAUUGAUGAUGGAACACAUGAUAUUGAAUUGACAGUGCAAACAGCGCCUUUAAAUGUGCACCAGAGUUUUCUUGAAGACUUUGGAGAUGCAUCAGUAACAACAGCACCACCGCCAGCACCAGCAACAGCGCCACCGCCAGCACCAGCAACAGCGCCACCGCCAGCACCAGCAACAGCGCCACCGCCAGCCGGUCCAAUAGAGAGCACUGCUGGUAGUGCACUUACACCUCAGCAGUCGCAUCGCCCCGUCGAUUCCGAAAAGCAUCUUUAUAUGGAAGAGACAAGGACUAUAAACUAUGGUGAAUUCAAAUCCGGUUGGAAAUCGGAUUUUUCAGGUAAAGGACGUAUCGAGAUGGUUGCAAACAUAAGCGCAAAUAGGCUAUCAACGGGUUCAAAUAACCACAUCACUAAAGUUAGCACUGACGACAAGGUUCAAGCUGAUAAUGAUUUCAAAAACGGGGCCAAUAUAUCGUGUGACAUUGAUGAUCCGACUUUGGGGGUAUUUGUUACUCAUACAUUGAUUGUUGAAGUUGUUGUUGCUGAGGAGUUGGUUCAUCACGUUGAUCGUAAAUCUCCUAAUAAUUUUUAUCCAACAAGCAGCAAGGAUUCUGUUAACCCACACAGGAGGCCGUCAUCGAGCUCGACUCCGAACAAUACAUCGUCCCCCAACUUGGCUCCCGCUACAUCAAAUACGGGAUCUACUAAUACUCAAUUGUCGGGUGUGCCAACCGGUGCUGCACGUGUUUUGAGAAUGCAAUUCAAACUUCCUAUAACCGAGAGGCCGGGCCUUGGAAUUGCAUGGGAUGACGAGGUUCCACCAACAUAUGAGGAUGUACGAGCAUUGAGUCCUCCCACGUACCAAGACCAAACCGUGAAUGUUUUGCCCCCACCCAUUGAAGGGUCAUCAUCAAUGCAGCACACGUCGACACCGAAUGUACUAUAUGGCAGAGGAGAGACUCCAAUUGUUGGAAGCUUUGGAUUACAUGGGCAAACCCAGCAAAGCUUGGAUGGAAUGAUGGACACUAUGCAAGAGCUCUCUAUCUAA